AUGAAAUCUUGUGGGUUACGUUAUCUGUUCAUACUUCUGUCUCUUCCAUAUCUCCUUCAAGCCAAUCUCUCGCCUGAUUAUUACAGCAAAACAUGUCCUGACUUCGACCAAACACUUGUCCAAAUCGUAACCGACAAACAAAUCGUUGCUCCCACGACAGCCGCCGGAACACUCCGCCUCUUUUUCCACGACUGCAUGGUCGACGGCUGCGACGCCUCGAUUCUCGUCGCUUCUACUCCCCGUAAAACCUCAGAACGCGACGCCGACAUCAACCGCUCUCUCCCUGGAGACGCAUUCGACCUAAUCACUCGUAUCAAAACCGCCGUCGAGCUUAAAUGCCCCAACGUCGUUUCCUGCUCCGACAUCCUCGUCGGAGCAACACAUACCCUCGUCAGCAUGGUCGGAGGUCCUCAAAUCAACGUGAAAUACGGUCGGAAAGACAGUCUCGUCUCGGACAUGGAUCGCGUCGAAGGAAAGCUAGCUCGUCCCAACAUGACGAUGGAUCACAUCAUCACCAUCUUCGAGUCGGCUGGUUUAACCGUUCAAGAGAUGGUCGCUCUCGUUGGAUCGCACACGAUCGGUUUCUCUCAUUGCAAAGAGUUCGCGAGUCGCAUCUUCAAUGACAAUGAUGAUGCUGCUUCUUCUCCUCCGGAAGGGAUGAAUCCGAAAUACGCGGCGGAGCUGAGGAAGCUAUGCGCGAACUACACCAAGGACGAAGAGAUGUCUGCGUUUAAUGACGUUUUUACCCCUGGGAAAUUUGACAACAUGACGCGGACGUUUGUUGAUCUCUACGCGGCUAACGAAACGGCGUUCUUCGACGCGUUUGCGAAGGCGAUGGUGAAAUUUAGCGAGCGUAAUGUGCAGACGGAGAAGCUUGGCGACGUUCGAAGGCGGUGCGAUCAAUAUAAUGACUACAAGGGGUAA